AUGGCCAAACAUCAAUCAAAAGAAGAAAUAGCAUUACAAUUGAAAUCAGCAAUUUAUCUAAGUGUUGCUAAAAUAGUGGAAUCUAAACUUGAAGAUUUGAAUAAUGAUAAUGAUAAUGAUAAUGAUAAGGCUGAGACAACAACAGGAUCAUCAAAUAACAAAAAGAAUAUGUUAAUUGCUACACCAACAUUUAUAGCUCAAUUAGUUGAAUUGGUGUAUAAUCAAUUAAUUAAUUUGGGUGAAGAUUUAGAAUUAUUUUGUCAUCAUGCUAAUCGAGAUAUUGUUGAACCAAGUGAUUUAUUUAUGGUGACAAGGAAAAAUCCUACUUUACAACAACAUUUGAAAGAUUUACUACAGCAAUGA